GAGGCGGGGCCAGAAGCGGAAGUGCAGCCGGCGUGGCCACCGCCCCGCAGCCGGACGCGGAGCGUGUCCUGCAGGCCCCGGUUGCGUGCAGCCCUGGCGGGUUUGCUGGGUCACACCUCCGGUGUGGGCCGGUCCCCACCCCCAGUCUACCGUCCCUAUCCCGCUCUCCCCGCCCCAUGGCGCUGCAGAGUUCGGGGGUGGCCUUCCGCAGGAUCCUGUCCCACUUCCCCGAGGAGGUGAGCCUGGCUUUCGCCUACGGCUCCGGGGUGUACCGCCAGGCCGGGCCCAAUUCAGACCAGAAGAAUGCCAUGCUGGAUUUUGUCUUCACGGUGGAUGACCCCGUUGCGUGGCAUUCAAAGAACCUGAAGAAGAAUUGGAGCCACUACUCUUUCCUAAAACUUUUGGGGCCCAAGAUGAUCUUCUCUGUCCAGAAUAAUUAUGGCGCUGGAGUUUACUACAAUCCGCUGAUCCUGUGUGAUGGGAGGCUUGUCAAGUACGGGGUGAUCAGCACCAGUACUCUGAUUGAAGACCUGCUCGGCUGGAAUAACUUAUACAUCGCUGGCCGCCUCCAGAAACCGGUGAAAAUUGUAGCAAUGAAUGAGGAUGCCACCCUCCGAUCGGCCCUGGAUAAGAACCUGAGAAGCGCAGUGACCGCGGCCUUCCUCAUGCUCCCCGAGAGCUUUUCCGAGGAAGAGCUAUUCAUGGAGAUCGCGGGGCUGUCCUACGCAGGUGACUUCCGCAUGGUGGUCGGGGAGGAAAAGGCGAAGGUGCUGAAUAUCGUGAAGCCCAAUGUGGCCCACUUCCGAGAGCUGUAUGGCGACAUAUUGCAGGAGGACCCGCAGGUGGUGUAUAAGUGCCAGCAGGGCCACCUGGAGAUAGAUAAAAGCCCAGAAGGACAGUUCACACAGCUAAUGACCCUGCCCAAAACCUUGCAGCAACAAAUAAAUCGCAUCAUGGACCCCCCGGGGAAGAACAGGGAUGUGGAGGAGACCCUGCUGCAGGUGGCACACGACCCGGACUGCGGCGAUGUGGUGCGUCUAGGGCUUUCAGCGAUCGUGCGACCUUCCAGCAUAAGACAGAGCGCCAAGGGCAUCUUGACCGCUGAAAAAAGUGCAAACCAGAUCACUGGAGCAGAGCGCCCGGCACUUCCGCCUCCCUCCUCCUCCCCGUCUCCCGCCGCUAUCUCCAGGGGGCGCUGUGGGAUGCGAAGCCAGCAGGGCGGAGCCUGGGAAUGUGGCUGGAGUCUGCCACCAGCGUGGUCCCCGCUCCCCACGUGCAGGCUGCGUCCGUCAGUGGCAGCACCAGUUGCCUCCCCUCAACUUAAUGCCCACGAACUUAACACAAAAGAUGACCCUCUGCUGCAGAAAAGCAGGCGCGAGGAUCUACGUCACUGUCCCCCACUCUGGAGCUGGCCGCCACUGGAGCCACCAAAAUGCCCUCCAGGAGCUUGGAACGCUGACCAGACACACUGUCUUGCAGGCAGGGCACUGGCAUCAGCCUGACACCCUCCUGUGGAAGAUGAUGGGCUCCUUGAGCCCACAAAAAUGCUGCCCCCACAGCUCCAGACUCGCUGCAGGGAGUGAGUGAACCUGUUUCACAGCAGAGGCAUCUGAGUGAGUACCUUUAACGAGUCCCAGAUUGUGGAAAAGAAGGGAAAACGACCCCACAUUUAUGGGAGGCCUAGGAAUACACAGACAGCCUCAGUUAAUCCUUACUUGAAUCUUACAACAAAGCUAAGGUUUUAUUGUUGUUUGCUUUUUUUUUUUUGGUACCGGGGAUUGAACUUGGGACCUUGAGCUUGCGAGGCAGGCACUGGAACCACUGAGCUAAAUCCCCGGCCCCAAGCUGUUGUUUGCUUUUUACAAUCAAGGAAGCAGGACUUCACCUCAUCCCUGGGCUGUGAUUCCAGUUCUGUCUGACUCUGAAGCCCCCUCCUGUCACCGCGAGCCACUGGGCCCAGCCCUGAAACGUGGACAGGUCCUCCAGGCUGAUCCCCAUCGCCCUGUGACUUGUCAUCGCUGACUAUGGUCCUAAAGAUGCCCGGCGGCCUUUUCAUCUUCUCUAUCCUGAGACUCUGUGAGGCCACAGAAAGUGCCUUCCGUGCUCGAAGAGAGGAUGCAGGACUCGCCAGAAUCGGUGGAAAACUUAAAACUCCCUUGUUUUCCAAGGGAGAUAAGUAAGACCCAAACAGGGUGGGCUUCCAGUGCUGCAAGCCAGGCCUUCACUUCCUACUUCAUCCCCUCCUCUCCUCACACUGCACAUGGUGAGCUGUGAUGGAACUAGGCCUGGAAGAACCAAAUCUCAGACUCGGGAUUCUUUUCAGAAACUGCAGUCCAUUCUCCUAAAUACGGCUGCUACCUCUGCUGUGUACCUUGUGCGUUCUGCUCACUGAGUCACCAGCCUUCUCCUAAGUUGAGCUGCUGGCUGAGAACGUGGUUUCAAUUUUCCAGUUGCAGUGGGUUAUGUAGAGUGGGUCCUGGAUGUGGCUGGCGCAAGUGCAGGAAAGGUCUAAAGGCUAUGCUCAGACAGUGGGACUGGAUUCAGCCGCUUCCGCUCCACUCUGCUGGGGAGAAGAUGUGGCCAAGCAGUGUUGGGCUGGAGAGAAAAGCGACUGCACUGGUGGUCCCCGUGGUCCAGCCUCAGUGAGCAUAGAGGACAGAAGGCCGGAGGACAGAAUCGACCCUCGCUCACGGUGAUGCAAGGGGAAAUGCAACCAAAUUCCUUCUUCUGCUGAGGCAGUCACAUACAGUCAGAGACUGCACGAGUCCUGUUGUGUGCCAGACACCGGAGCCCUGGAGAGCUGUCCCAACUCCGCUGAUCGUACAUGCAGAAAGCAGUGCAGCGAGUGAGCUGCGGAGUGCAUUUCCUCACAAAUGCUCAAUUAUCGUGUGCUGUGAGGUGCAUCAAAGUCAGGCACAUACUGGUUGAGUAUUACAGAGUGCUGGGCCAUGUUCUAGCUCCUUGUGUGGAUUUAUUCCUUCACUCUUCACCUGGUGCAGUGGGACUCUUCUUAUCUGCUGCAUGGAUGAGGCAACAGAGACAUGGGCAAUGGUAAGGAAAUAACACACCCCAGUGUUUUCACCAUAAAAUGUUCUGUUCGAGCAGUGUAACUGUGCUGCACCAUGUCUCCACCUAAGGUUUCAAGAAUGGUCUGUUAAGCUGGGCAUGCUAUCGUGUGCCUGUAAUCCCAGCACUUGGGAGGCAGAGGCAGGAGGAUCACUGCAAGUUCGAGGCCAGCCUGCACUGCAUAGUGAGUUCAUUGCCCGCCUAAACUACAAAGCAAGACCCUGUCUCAAAAAACAAAAAACAAACAAAAGAGAAUGGUCUGUUAACUCCACCCAUCUGCCUCAAUGAGCAUACUCACUGGUAGGUUGGCCCACCCCCUACCCCGUAGAUCUCUGUGUAAGGCUGCUUCCAUUUCUGUUUGAGGCUCAGACUUUGGAGUACAAACUCCUCUGAGCCUACCAAUGUAAUAAAGUUUCCUUCCAUCUCUGUGA